GUGACUCUUUGCAGCUUGGGUGUCGGAAAUAACUGCCACAUGUCCUGCACUCAAAUUCAUCCCUAGCCUUCUCUCGGAGAUGAUGUGAUGUACGCAGGACGAGUUCUUUCAUUCUGAUAGCUACUCACAGUCUAUCUCCAAGAUUCUCAUGUUUGUCAACUUCAAGCUAUGGAUGGUGCCCAAAGAGAUUCAUUCCUCCUUUCCAGGGAUCGCUACCCUCAAAAAGAGGCGGUAUCAUUCACCGAGAAUCAAAUCUGUCCACCGGGACAGCCACUCCCAGUGUAUAGCGAGCAAACUGGAAGUUUCAUAUCUGCAGAUGAAGCAUGGAAGCUGAAAGAUGCGAGCACAGCGAUGUGGGAACAGGCGGAUGGAGAAAAGGAACGACUUUUUGCCUUAAUGACGCCAGUGGAACAGAAACUUGCGAAAAAGAAAAGCGCAGCUCACAUCCCACUCGACACGGUAAUGGAGUUGCGACGCUGCAGUUGGUCUCAAGUUUUGACCGAGGUUGAGAGGACUGCAGAUCAUUGGAAAAGUAGCCCAAACCUGGAGAGUAAAAGAAUGGUCUUUAUUGACAGAAUUGGGAGGCAUUCAGAGUCUCUGGAAGCUUGGUUGAAUUUGUUGCCGAUGGGAGAUUACGGAGCAAGCAUCUGUGGGGCUGCCUCGACCUACUCCAACACCCCGGAGAUCAUCUUCGAGUUCUUGGCACAAAUUCCAGAUAUGAUGGAAAGUUCAAGGCAGUACAUGGCGAUGUAUCGGAACAUGGGAGGCCACCGUCUUGACAAAAGAAGCUUUGAGUUGUUCCGAGCGGUCUUAGAAGCACUCACUCAUGUUAUGCAAUUCUUUCUCAACAGCAGGCUCAAAAACUUGACCCAUGCUUGGCUCAAGCAGGGAGCAUACCAAGAAGGUCUCCAGAGAAGUAUCGAGAACGUCAGAACUAAGGUCAGAGCGUUCAGAGACGAAGCCCAGCAAUGUCACGCUCAAGAAACACAUGAGAGCAUCCGCCUUCUUUCUGACAUGAAUCAACAAUCGAAGACAUUGGCCCCUUUUUUCCAACGAUUUUUCAAACUACUGGAGACGAAUCUAGGUUUAGAACAAUCUGAUCAGCAAUCCAGUUCCCCACAACCACGAAUCUCGGCUUACGACAUGGUGAACGCAACCCACAUCCUUCCCGGGACAUCGAUAUCCAUGAACACGCGGGCAAAUGCCGACGAACGACGAGCGGAGGCUAAAAAGGCACAAAACCAAAGCAGCCACCCUAAUACGACACGAAAGUUUCAAGUCAUUCAUGACGAAUACAACGUCAUCAAGCUGUCUUCUCGUCAAUGGAGGAGACGACACCGCUGCCGUUGACGGUAUCUCACCGCUCAGUCUUGUAGCUGCCCAGGCGACGGAAAGCUUCAUAGCUGCAGGGGAUCCCUCGACGCCGUUCUACGUCAUCAAUUGGUUUUGCGCGGAGCAUAAGCCAGCCCUCGUGGCAGGCAAUAAUGCUAGAACAGAUCCCUGCCCCAGCAGAAUGAUG